CGCCGUCCCGCCCAACGUCACUUCCGCUUCCGCCCGCGCCGGAAGUGCCGCCAGUCUCGCCGCCAUGGCCUCAAGGUUACUGCGGGUGAGCGCGGCCCUGCGGCUCCUGCCCGCGGCCUCGGCCCGCGCCGCGCCCGCCCGCCAGCUCGGCGUGCCCGGAAACCUGGCCAGCGAUGAGGAGCAGGCGACCGGCUUGGAGCGGAAGGUGAUGGAGGCCACGAACAAGGGGCUGGACCCGUACAGCAUGUUCCGGCCCAAGCGCUACGCGGGCACCAAGCAGGAUCCCAACCUCGUGCCCUCUGUGUCCAGCAAGCGCAUCGUGGGCUGCGUCUGUGAGGAGGACAGCAGCUACGUGGUUUGGUUCUGGCUGCACAAGGGCGAGCCCCAGCGCUGCCCCUCCUGCGGCGCCCACUACAAACUGAUCCCCCACGAGCUGCCCCACUGAGGGGCCCCCAAAUCCCCCCACACUGCUUCCCCACUGAGGGCUGGGGGACCCCCAAAUCCCCCCAAACUGAGCUGCCCCACCGAGGGGCUGGGGUCCCCCUGCCUCCCCUCCUGGGGCUCUGUUGGACCUCCCAAUUCCCCCCAUAAAGAGUUUGUGUGGAGA